AUGAGCAGCUCCCAAUUCUCUUCUCUCGACGUCGUCGCUGCUACUGGCCCAGUUCUCGUAGCCAGCGUGCCCCUCGGCCUUCUGGCCAGAGGCAGUACGACUGGCAUGCGCCCAUAUCGUCUCCAUCGUGGAAAGCCCUUCCCGACACCCUUCCCCAUUCUCAAUGGUCCAGAUACUAGAAGCGGUUCUCCAGGCAGCACUGAUACUACGCCGAGCUCGCCUUUCAGUUCCUUCACUCCAGGCCUUCCAUCCGUUACCAUCUCACUCCAUACUCCCAAUUCCCCCAUGACGAUUAAUGUCAGGAAGCGUGCCCCGGGCACUUAUUUUCCUGACGUCCAUCUGGGCCUUGUUGUCCAUUCAGCGAUCUAG